AUGGUAGAUAAAAUUAGCGAUGUUUGGGCUAUAUCGGACGACGAAGACGACAAUUCAAAUUACGAGAAAGUGAUUUCUUCAAAAGAAUGGGAACGAAUGAAUGAAAAUUUUGGAAAUAUGGGAUACAGGGAAGGAAUUAUAGAAGGUAAAGAUGUUACGAUUCAAAAAGGGUUUGACAGGGGUUAUUCCGAGGGAGUCGUGAUCGGUAAAGAAGUCGGCAGGAUGAGGGGAAUUUUGAACACUAUACUAGAAUUCUACUCGCCCUUAGUCAAUCACAGUGAUUUUGGCGAUGAGGACAUCAAAGAUAUACCUUUACUACCAGAUAAAUCCUUACUCGAUAGGGUUAUAUCUUUAGAAAAUGAGCUUGCAUGUUUGACCGUUGACAAAGUUUUUACCAAAGAGCAUUUUCAAUCAACAAUAACAUCUAAGGGAGAUCCAUGUGAAGUAGAGAACACUGCUAUUAUUGGAACCGAGUCGAUGUGCAGCUGUAAAGAAAAUAUUGACUCCGAUGAUUGUUGCAGAAGGCAGAAAGGGGACAAUCUCAAAUGUCAUGAAGAGAGGAUGUCAUCACAGCAUCCAAAGAGUGUGAAAAACUCUGAACAAAUUUUAAAGGGAUAUCACGACGAGGUUAACAAAAUAUUGAAUGAGCUCAGAUUCGCUAUUUAA